GUUGUGCCUGCUAUACUGAAGGCUGCUAGAAGCAAAAGAGAAGAGAGAGAGCAGGCUGUAGAAGAAACAGCGAAGACAUUAGAACCACUUGAGAAGGAACUUGAAAACAAGAAAUUUUUUGGAGGAGAAAAGAUUGGAUUUGUGGACAUUGUUGGGGCUGUAGUAGCUUAUUGGGUUCCUGCGGUUGAAGCUGGUUUUGGAUUUGAGCUGUUGACAAGUAACAAGUUUCCAAAUUUAAGCAAAUGGAGUGAAGAGAUUGUGAACCACAGCCUGGUCAAACAGGUUUUGCCUCCAAAAUCUAAGCUUGUGCCCUAUUUGCAAACUGUUUUAACAACCAACUAUGAGAUUGGUUUCUUUUCCUUUUAUCUUUAA